AUGCCGACGCCAAACCGCUCGCUGCCUGGCCAGGAUGAACAGCGCCCAUCGUUCCUUGGUGGGUCCGCAGCCGCACCAUCUGCCUCGAGCCACCCUGGAGCUGGCCGUGCGCCGUCUGUGGCUUCGUCACCAGAGACGCGGCAUGCGGCAAUUCGGUCUACCCUGUUCACCGAUCAUGAGCAGUUCGAGGCUCUAUCGUCGGAGCUGCAGCAGAAUGUCCUUGGGGCAUUCGACUGGCUCUUGCUCUCUCAGAAAAGACGGGACGUUUUAGAAGUAGAGCGACGCGCAAAACAAGCCAAAGCUAACGCAAGGCAAGCCGAGGCUGACUGGUUGGCCAAGGCCAUACGCUCCAUCGAGGAGGCCGACCAGGACGCCAUUAGCUUCCUACGCAGCGUUUUGCUGAGUGAUGACGGUGAACAUGGCUCGUCCGGGCUGUAUUCAGAAGCCAACUGA